AAUGAUAACAAUAGUUAGGUAAUCCAUGCUAAUUGAAUGAAUUUAAGUGAAUAAUAAUGGAUAAAUAUCUUUAAAAAUUGAAAGAUACUCACUUGAUUUUAUUCCUUGACUCCAAUAUGGAACUUCAAGAUACAUAUUAUAACAAAGCUGAAUAUGUAGAAACGACGACUGGUAAUAAAGUGAGCCGUCAAGCCCAAAUCUAUGGUUCUCAAAAUAUAAUACUUAAUGGUAAAGUAAUUCUUCAGUCAGGUGUUAUGUUACGUGGAGAUCUUGCUAGUGUCAAAAUGGGUCGAUAUUGUUUUGUUGGUAAAGGUUCAGUAAUCCGACCUCCAUGCAAAAAAUUUAGCGGAGGAUUUACUUAUUUUGCCCUACAAAUUGGUGAUCAUGUUCAUAUUGGUGAACAGAGUGUGAUUCAAGCAGCAGUUAUUGGUUCCUAUGUACAUAUUGGUAAAAAUGUUGUUAUUGGUAAGAGAUGCAUUUUAAAAGAUUGCUGUAUGAUAGCUGAUAAUACUGUCCUUGCUCCUGAUACUGUAGUUCCAUCAUUUGCUCAUUAUUCUGGUUCACCUGGGUUACAAAUAGCACAACUACCAGUUUGUACUCAAGAUUUAUCAAUUGAUUUUACAAAAUCAUUUUAUGAUCAUUUUGUUCCAUCUAUUGAUAACUGA